UUUUAUUUCCGGCACAAUGAAGGGACGCUUCCAAGAAACCUACUUUUAGCCAAGACACAGUUCUAAAUAAUACUAAUAAUAAUAAUAAUAAUUGCAGGCAGACAUUGUUGUGCACACCAUGGUUUAUUUGGCUGUCGGUGCGGUGAGGUCCUCGGUGUCUUUACGAAAGCUGUGCGCGACGACGCGGAGGUUGGCUCCACUCGCCCGGGUCGUCCGCCGCUCGUCCGCGGGAGCAGACCCGCCUGCCGCCUCCGCCUCCGCCCCGGCGGACAGCGGCCGUGACGGCGGCCCCCCCGCGCCGCCCACCUACUGCUGCAUGAGCGGCUGUCACAACUGCGUGUGGAUCGAACACGCCCAGCAGCUGCUGGCCUACUACAACGACGACGACGGCGAGGAGCGGGCGCUGGCCGCCAUCGAGGAGAACGUCCUGGACGACAACCUGAAGGCCUACUUGAAGAUGGAGAUCAGACACCUGAGGAGGACGUGACGUCACACCUUUGGUCUUCCAGCUGCCUGAUGGAAAAGAAGGCAAUGGAAGUGAAAUGUUGCAGAUAUUACUUCCACUCUUGGUUGUUGCACUUGAAGUAUUUAUUGUCUGCAUCUCAUUUAGGACUUUUAAAGUUGUGUUCUCAGCACAAGAGCUUCAAACUGCCUGUCACCAUGGCAACAGUAGUCUGAUUGUUAGGACUUCAUUCAAAAAGUGUGCGCUCCUCAUCCCCUCCUGAGUCGGCGCUGGUCAGAAUUCACACGGGAAUCUGACCUUUUAAACAUAAAAUAACACGUGUGCGUUCUUUGAAUGAAAUAUUGUAGCGUGCAA